GUUUACUGAUUGGUUCAGUAGCGCGCGAGUACGCGAACUGACUGCUUGUGUAUGUGCGUGCGCAUGUUGUUCGUGGUGCCUACGAUACGUGCGUAAACUAACUUUUUAACAAGUACUGUAGUGUUGUGAGAAAGUAGUGGUGGAUACGGUGCUUACUGGAUUGCUCGCAGAUAGCCAAAUACUGCGGUAAUGGCACACCGGUCGCCUGGCCGUAAGCCGUCCGUGGUUACAGUGUGAGGUGCGCUAGGUGCGUACCGUGCGUGGUGUGUGUACCGUGCGCGGCCGUACCGUGCGUGGUGUGUGUACCGUGCGCGGCCGUACCGUGCGUGGUGUGUGUAACGUGUGCGAUGUGCGCGUGGAGGCUGCUGCUGCUGGCUGCGCUGCCGGCGCUCGUCGGUGUCGGCGCCGGCGAGGUGGUGGAAGCGGGACCUGCCUUCCUACCGACGAGAAGAUCACUUAAUGUGGCGCCUGGCGAAGAAGCGGUGCUGGCAUGCCGCAUUGCUCGCCUCGGAGAUAAGGCGGUCUCAUGGGUUCGGGCAAGGGAUCUCCAGAUCCUCGCACACGACGGCGCUGUAUUCUCAGCAGACCCCCGGGUCGCGGUGGGCGUGCGGACGGAGCGCGGCGUCGUGACACACACGCUGCGUCUUGAGCGCCUGAGGGAGUCCGAUGCCGGCAGAUACGAGUGCCAGCUGAAUACGGAUCCUAAGCUCAGUCAGAUUUAUAAUCUCACUGUCACAGACCGGGCAUGGAGCGGCAUCGAGGUAGAACCACUCGGCUCAACUCGUGUCCUAGCAGCCACGGGGAGCACAGCCACUCUUGGCUGUUCAGCGCGUCUGCGACCAGCUGAGGCACCUGAUCCGCCGGCAUUGAGGGUUGCUUGGUACCAGGACGGACAACCGUUAUUACCUCAGCAGGGUGGAGUUUCGCUCGACACGGAGCGCGCGGCGGGCCUCGUGACGUCACGGCUCACGCUCGGCGCUCUCAUGCCGACCCAUAGUGGUCGGUACAUCUGCCGUGUCACAGCGGAUUUAGAAGAAGAUAUAGACCCCUUCACAGAAGACACCUUGCAGGGAGAGAUGGCGUUUACGCUCGUUAUCACAGACAGUGUGGGUGAGAUGGAAGCGAUGCAACGCGACCAAUCGCCAGCGACGUCCGCUGCAGGCAUCCUUCGCUCUGUGCCAGCCAUUGCAGCUCUUGCGAUGUUGUUCGCACUGGCCAUGCGCUGUUAGCCUUCGCAUCAUCGACUACGAUCGCUGUUGUCUACUAACGAUCGUGUCCAGCUCCCAUAUUUUUGAUUCGGAUAACCGUCGAUACUGGAAGUCAUGAGUGGUAGUUUGCCUUGAUAUAACGAUUUUAACCUCUAAAGCAAGAAUUCGUGUUCUGGAUCGGGCCAUAGCAAGAUGACAAUUGGUGCGCAAAACCUUUUAGUGACAAAAGAAAAGAUAUAAGAUAUACUUGGGCAGGCAAGACUCAAAAGAAGUACUUGAGAACCCCUGUAGCUAUAGCUUGAUGGAACUCCCAAUCACAGAAUCCCAGUCUCAGAACUACUCGGAAGAUGUAUUCUGUGGUACAAAUGGCGGUUAUCUGACAUUCAGAGGACUACUGGUAGACAGCCAAGUGCACGACAGCAUAAAACAAGACUACCAAUGUAGUGCAGACUUAAUAAGACUUUAUAAAGAGAGACACUGUGCAAAAUAACGAAUACAAAAGUGCAAAGACAUACUGAGUUGGUACGCCCUACUGUAGGUCUGUAACAGACCCUACGUCCUUGAAUGAAUCUCUACUUUAAAAAAAACUUUUUCAUUAAUGGAGGCUUCCAUUAUCUCUUGACUUCAUUUUGCUCUGUCCUUUAUCCUUCCAGUAAAUCCCUAUAAAAUCUGGUAAAAUGUAAUUAUCACUGGUAAGAUCAAUGUGGAGAAGACCGUCUACAAGCUCUUUUCUCUUGCGUUUGUACUUUGUACACAUACUUCAUUUACAGAAAGUCGGUAGGGCAGAAGGAAUCAAGCUCUCCCUUUCUGGCACUGUCUGAGCGACGUACGUAUAAGUACAUACAAGAGUUUUUGCACUAUGACGGUCUUUCCUGCAAUUAUAUGUCGGUCUUCUCCACAAUGUAUUUUAUCUUGAAUUCAUAAGAGCGGGCUCAAUAUUUCCACUGAACUGUCAAUAUUUUCUUAGGCACGCGGCCCCAGCUAUUGUGAAUCAUUCUGUAACCUACAUUUAAACUAAUGCCGGGAUUAUUCCCAAGCCCAUGAGGCUCA